GAAACCUCGUCGCCUCUGCUGUAGCUGAGUGAGUGGGUGAAGCGCUUUAUUCAGAAAGUUCGGCUGCCUCUUACGGCUCCGGGGCUUUGAAAAAUGGACAGCCAAGGACGAAAAGUGGUGGUUUGUGAUAACGGAACAGGGUUUGUCAAGUGUGGCUAUGCUGGAUCCAACUUCCCAGAGCACAUCUUCCCAGCUCUGGUUGGCAGGCCCAUCAUCCGAUCCACGGCUAAAGUGGGCAACAUUGAAAUAAAGGAUCUGAUGGUGGGAGAUGAAGCAAGUGAGCUGCGGUCAAUGCUGGAGGUGAACUAUCCCAUGGAGAAUGGCAUCGUCAGGAACUGGGAUGAUAUGAAGCACCUGUGGGAUUACACCUUCGGUCCAGAGAAGCUCAACAUCGACUCACACAACUGCAAGAUCCUUCUUACAGAACCUCCCAUGAACCCCACCAAGAACCGUGAGAAAAUCAUUGAGGUCAUGUUUGAGACUUACCAGUUUUCAGGCGUUUACAUUGCCAUACAGGCUGUGCUAACACUUUAUGCUCAAGGCCUUCUGACUGGAGUAGUGGUGGAUUCAGGUGAUGGAGUCACCCACAUUUGUCCAGUGUAUGAGGGCUUUUCUCUGCCCCAUCUGACGAGGAGACUGGAUAUUGCAGGAAGAGAUAUUACACGCUAUCUCAUAAAGCUGCUCUUGCUGCGAGGUUACGCCUUCAACCACUCGGCAGAUUUCGAGACUGUCCGCAUGAUGAAGGAGAAGCUCUGUUACGUGGGCUACAACAUCGAGCAGGAACAAAAGCUCGCUCUGGAGACCACCGUACUGGUGGAGUCCUACACGCUCCCUGACGGCCGGGUUAUUAUGGUAGGAGGUGAGCGGUUUGAAGCUCCAGAGGCUCUGUUCCAACCUCACCUCAUUAAUGUGGAAGGGGUCGGAGUGGCUGAACUUCUCUUCAACACCAUUCAAGCAGCAGACAUCGACACCAGGGCUGAGUUCUAUAAACACAUUGUUCUGUCGGGGGGAUCCACAAUGUAUCCUGGUCUGCCCUCUCGACUAGAGAGGGAACUUAAACAGCUGUAUCUAGAGCGGGUACUGAAGGGUGAUGUCGACAAGCUUUCUAAAUUCAAGAUCCGGAUCGAGGAUCCUCCCCGGCGCAAACACAUGGUGUUCCUGGGUGGGGCCGUGCUGGCUGACAUCAUGAAAGACAAGGACAACUUCUGGCUGACGCGUGAAGAGUAUCAGGAAAAGGGCAUGCGUGUUCUGGAGAAGCUCGGAGUCACCGUCAGAUAAACAUGGAUGUAGUUCUCAUAAAAACGGCCCUCGCAUCUGUCAAUUUAUCUAUUUUACAUUAUCCUGUCGUCACAGGUGUGGAGAGAUGGGUUUGGAUUGUGAAAUGUGGUGGGGAGAUUUUGUUUUAUCCAUUUCAGUUUUGUUUGGUCCUCUGUCUACUGACGUACAAGUAGCACAGCAUUGUCAUCAGCAGCCAUUGUAGUUUCUAUCAGCGCUUGUGUUUGUGUAAUUUUAAAAGCAUUUAAAGGAAUAUUCCGGGUUCAAUACAAGUUCAAUCAACAUUAUUUCGACUCGUUCCUUGUUUCUUAAAAAGAGCAGUAACAGUAAAGCACUUCUCCCGCUCUAUUUUUUUUUUAUUUCAGUUCAUAUGCUGCAUCUAUUUUGGGCAUUAACAACAAAAUAAAUCUCAAAAAUGUUAACAAACACUGUUGAUUUAUAACCUCGUAAUUGUUUCCCCCUAGUUGUUUAUUUUUUCACAAUAAGCACAGUAAGCAUAUUACAUCAUUAUGAUUGUUCUUGGGAUUUAUAUAUAUAUAUAUAUAUAAAUAUAUAUAUAUAAAUAUAUAUAUAUAAAUAUUAAUAAUAGUGGUUAAGUCAAGUCAAUUUUAUUUGUAUAGCACCUUUCACAACACACAUAGUUUCAAAGCAGCUUUACAGAAGAUCAGGCAUUAACAGAAGAUAAACUGUAAUGUCGAUGAGUCAUCAUUGUGUAAUUAGAUAAAAUACAAUUGUAAAUCGUGUGUAAAAAUAAGUCAUUAAAUAAUAAUUGUAAGUGUAAGGCACUUACAAUGAAAGUGAAUGGGGCCAGUCCAUAAACAUUUAAAAACACUGUUAAAAAGUAUAGCCACUAGACAUUAAAAUCAUGUUAACAUGUAUAGUGUUUCUGUCAUAAAAUCAUUUACUAAGCUUAUCUGUCUUAAGUUAUAUCCAAUAUUACAACUUUGUUGUCAUGAUAAACACUGUAAUCUGGUAAACACCAUAAAGCCUCCCUGAGUUUAUCACACAAAAAUUAUGUUGUCACGUAUAAUGUUUCCAUCUUGUGGCUAUAUGAAAUGGUGUGUGUUAAUGUUUGUAGCUGGCCCCAUUCACUUCCAUUGUAAGCGCUUUUUUAAAUAAACAUUGGAUGAGUCAAAAUUAUUAUACAUAAUGCUACAAAUACUGAGCUUAACUUGUAAUGAACCCGGAAUAUUCCUUUAACACAGUGUCCUAACUCAUUGAUUUUGGACCAGUGAUAUUUCACUGUAGGCACAUACAUACAUAAUUACAUUUCAGCUUUUUCUGAUUUUUGACUAAAACGUGUCCUAGACAUAUUCUUGACAGGUUUUAUGAUUUUCACACAGACUGUCUGUGCAUGUUUCUGAGACACCAUUAUAUCACUUCUGUUUUUCUGCAAAUACGAAUAGGCUACAAGCUGUGAUGAAUGCACACUGCACCCAUUUCAUGACUGGACUGCAUGUCAGUCUGGUGAAAGAGGAUCUAAAUACUUUAUCAUAUGUGUGACUUUAAGGGCAGAAACAAAGUGCAUUUUCUUUCCCUAAGGGAAAUAGAUGUUCUGAGCCAAUGUGACCACAACUAAACUGAGCAACCAAAAGUUAUUACAGUUAUUUUGAUUCCAAUGUGGUCAUUGAGCUUUAGCCCUAGAGCUACAGGAGAAAAUCUUUUGCUGUUUCUGUCCUAUUUCCCUGUCCUCGUGUCAUAUGCUUAUCCAGAAUAACAAGAGGCACUUGUGCAAAAGUGUUUUUUAGUGUUUUGAUAGAUGGGACUGUGGGAUUUCUGGUAAAGUAUUUAGCAAGAUGGCCAGUCUUCUAUUAGAUUGCUGUUGAAAAACUUCAGCAUACUGGUGUCAGCAUAGAUCUGAAGUGUUUCAAGAAUAUAUAUAUAUGAGCAGAGUGAUUUGGUUUGCUACCCUUAGCUUUCCAAUAGUUUUUUAAGUAUUGUGUUUUUUACAUUUGAUCUAGUCUUUUGCAGUGCUGUGUCUGGCAUACAAUAAAAUAAUAAUAUUUUGCAAUGGUCAGUCAAACGGUUGCUCUUAUUUGUAUACUUGUUUAUUUGUAUUAUUUUAAAUAUAUCUUAACCAGUGCCAUCACAGUUGAUGUAACUGGAUCUUUUUCUUUUUUAUAGCAGUGUGCUGUCUAAUGCUGAUUUAAAUAAAGAACA